AUGUAUGUGGGCGCGGUGAUGGGCGGGCUGGAGGGGUGGCUGGGGUUGAGGAGUGUGAGGACGCUGGAGCUAAGGGUGAUGAGGCAGUCGGAGAGUGCGACGAGGCUGGCGGGGUGGCUGGCGGGGUUGGUGGCGGCGGAUGAGGAGAUUAGGGGCGUGGUGGAGAGGGUGUCGCAUGCUAGUUUGCAGGAGAAGGAGCCCUGGCUGGCGGAGCAGAUGCCGGGUGGGUUUGGGCCGGUGUUUGCGAUUCAUACGGUGAGGGGGGAGCAGGCGAAGGUGCUGCCGAGUAGGUUGAAGUGGUUCCAUCAUGCGACGAGCUUGGGCGGCGUGGAGAGUCUGGUGGAGUGGAGGGCUAUGACGGAUGAGUUUGUGGCGAAGACGGUCGUGAGGGUGAGUGUGGGGUGUGAAGGGUGGGAGGAUCUGAGGGAUGAUCUGGAGAGGGGCCUGAGAGAGGUGGCUAAGAUGGCGAUAUAG